CAUGAUAGGUAGAACAGAAUCCUGUGCUUCAGGACAGAUACCUAUGACCUACCUAAGCUGCCUUGCUUACAUGCUGGAAGAAUGGACUGGAGUGGAGUACCUGCAGAAAUACUUUUUUCAUGUAGUCAUUUUUACACUGAUGCUGAGUGCAAUACUAGUUUUUUUUAUAGUUCCUUUAACAAUCCUAUUUUUCAUUUCCCUUGCUAAUAUUUUGCUUUUAAUAUAUCAGAGGAACAGUGAGGUAAAAGCAGAUCCCUUGAGUGAUGUUUGGGAUAAUGCACGGAAAACUUUGGCAAGCUUCUGGGAUAUAUGUGCAAGAAUAUGGCAUGGUUAUGAGCUUCACGGUGUGGAAAACCUACCAGAAGGAGCAGGCAUUCUUGUGUAUUACCACGGAGCCAUUCCUAUAGACCAUCUUUACUUUUUAGCUAGGCUCUUUCUCCGGAAAAAAAGACUUUGCUUGUCCGUAGCUGACAAUUUUGUCUUUCGUUUACCAGGAAUUAAAUUAUUAUUGGCAGUGUGUGGCAUUAUGCCAGGCACAAGGGAGGAGUGUCUCAGUGCCCUGAAGAAGGGACAUCUGGUGUCCAUCUCACCUGGUGGGGUUAGAGAAGCGCUGUUCAGUGAUGAAAGUUAUCAGCUCAUGUGGGGAAAUCGAAAAGGUUUUGCUCAGGUGGCUAUCGAUGCAAAAGUGCCCAUCAUUCCAAUGUAUACUCAAAAUGUCCGUGAAGCAUAUAGGAUGUUUAAAGAAACAAGAUUUUUAAGACAGUUAUAUGAAAGUACUCGACUGCCGUUUACUCCACCAUAUGGAGGAAUUCCUGUAAAGUUUCGCACCUAUAUUGGGGAGCCAAUCCCUUAUGAUCCAAAUAUAACCGCAGAGGAACUAGUUGAGAAGACAAAGACUGCAGUCCAGGCUCUAAUAGACAAGCACCAAAGAAUCCCAGGCAGCAUAUGGAAGGCCUUAUUGGACCGAUUUGGUACAAAGAAGAAGAGUGAUUAG